AUGAAUAAAAUAAAUUUAUAAAAGAAACAAAAAUAAAAAUAAAAGUUUAUUCCUUUGGGAUUUGUUAUCAAAUAUGAUCCUCCAGUUAUUGGAUUAUUAUACAAGAGAAGUGUGCAAGAAACUAAAAAAAAAGUUUAUAACAUCCAUUUAUAAAAUCUCAUUAGAUUAGAUGAUGAGGUUGAAAUAACUAAAUAAUUGUUUGAAGAACAUCCUGAAUUUUUGGAUCCUGAUAUCAUUGAGCCUGAAUAAGUUCUAGGCUUAGUGUAACGAUUGAUCGAAUAUAGACAGAUAAUGGAAUAAGACGAUGAUAAUGAAUAUUAAGACGAGGAGACUGAUAGUCACAUAAUUGAUGAAAUGUUUGAUUGA